AUGCCUCUGCAGGAAGACACUCUGCUAGAAGUGUGGGCGUCGGACAGCGGUCAUGAGGAGGAAGGACCGAGCGCCCCUGAGACCCAGCGACACGUCCAACAGCCACCUGCCCGGGGACAGAAGCUGAGGAAGAAAAAGCCAGAGACCCCCGAGUCCCCCCGCCCCUUGAGAUCCAAACCCCGGAAAGCUGGAGCGGGGCGGAGGGGACGGGCCCCUCGGGAGGAGCCGGCCACGGAGCCACCAACCAUCUACGCCAAGUUCCUCAGGGACCCCGAGGCCAAGAAGCGCGACCCCCGGGAGAGUUUCCUGGUGACCUGCACCCCCCACAUGAAGGACAAGGAGGAUGAGGAGGAUGAUGAUGAAGAUGACGAGGAGGAGGAGGAGGAGGAAGAAAAGAAAGAGAAAAUCCCUGUGCAGACCCAGAAGUCCCCUAAGGAGAGGGUCCCUGUGGAUGCCAAGGAGAAACAGCCUCAAAGACACAGGGGGGACCUGGGAAGCCCAGCCCCGCCACGGAAACCUCUUCGUGUGAGGAAGAAGGAGCAGCCCUCUGAGGAAGGGACCAAGCUGAGGAAGCUAAAGAAGAAAGGGCCUGGGGACACGGAGGAGGCCCCCUCGGCGGGCUCCCCCAGAGUGAGGAAGACGCCGCCUGCUGCCAUGUUUCUGGUUGGGGGAGACGGGGCAGCCCCCGAGAAAGCUCUGAAGAAGAAAGGCACCCCCAAAGGCUCAGAAGCAGGACGGAGGGAGGACAAGGAUGAGCAGGAAGAGGCGGCUGCCGUGGUGACCAAGAACAGCAACCCGAAGGGCCGAGCCAAAGGAAAAGGCAAGAAGGUUAGAAAGGAGGACAGGCCCCCGUCCCCGCCCCUGGAAGUGGAUGAGCCCCGGGAGUUCGUGCUGCGACCCGCGCCCCAGGGCCGGACUGUGCGCUGCCGCCUGACCCGGGACAAGAAGGGCAUGGACCGCGGCCUGUACCCCUCCUACUUUCUGCACCUGGACUCGGAGAGGAAGGUGUUCCUCUUGGCUGGCAGGAAACGCAAACGGAGCAAGACAGCCAACUACCUCAUCUCCAGGGACCCCACCAACCUGUCCCGCGGAGGGGAGGACUUCGUCGGGAAGCUGAGGUCCAACCUCCUGGGGAACCGCUUCACUGUCUUUGACAGCGGGCAGAGCCCGCACCGCAGGACCAGCGGCGCCAACGUGGGGAGCCUGAGGCAGGAGCUGGCCGCCGUGAUCUACGAAACCAACGUGCUGGGCUUCCGGGGUCCCCGUCGCAUGACCAUCAUCAUCCCCGGCAUGAACGCAGACAAUGAGAGGGUCCCCAUCCGCCCCCGGAAUGCCAGUGACGGGCUGCUGGUGCGCUGGCAGAACAAGACGCUGGAGAGCCUCAUCGAGCUGCACAACAAGCCGCCCGUCUGGAACGACGACAGCGGCUCCUACACUCUCAACUUCCAGGGCCGCGUCACCCAGGCCUCCGUCAAGAACUUCCAGAUCAUCCACGCGGACAACCCCGACUACAUCGUGCUGCAGUUCGGCCGCGUGGCGGAGGACGCCUUCACCCUGGACUACCGCUACCCGCUGUGCGCGCUGCAGGCCUUCGCCAUCGCCCUGUCCAGCUUCGACGGGAAGCUGGCCUGCGAGUGA